AUUAUAAAAGAAUAAGUAACAUCUGCAAGGAGCGCUACUUAAUCAGAUUAGAUUUAUAUCUAGCCAUUGUUGAACGUGAAAAUGUCCAUAUCAUUUAUACGUUUCUCACUAUCUGUCCUAGUAGUCUCGUUGCCGCUGACUUCGGCUAAGUCCUGUCGUACCGAACAUGGUGAAGAUGGUGUUUGUAUUUCACUUCAAAGUUGUAACGCACUCAGGUCAAUCUUAAAAAAAUCGAUAUUGUUCACGAGUGACCGCGACCUUAUCCGUCGAGAAAUGAAUAAGUGUUCCGGUGAGGAAUCGAAAGGUUUACAUUGCUGCAAACGCGAACGUCGACAAAAAAUUCCCAAAUCGUACGAAGAUGUGAAACAAUCGGUUCAAAUAAAUCUUCUCCCGGAUCAAGCUGAAUGUGGUGGGAUUGGAUUAAACCAAAUGAUUUAUAAUGGAGACGAAGCCGAUUUGGAUCAAUAUCCUUGGACGGUGCUUAUUAAACAUAACGAUGAUGACAAUGAGAUAUUCAACUGUGGCGGCUCUUUGAUCAACAAACGUUACGUACUGACAGCGGCUCAUUGUAUUCCAAACAUAGCUGGAGUUCGUCUAGGAGAAUGGGAUGUUCGCUCCGAUCCGGAUUGCAUUAUCGUAGAAGGAGUAAAACGUUGCGCAACCCCUAUUAUUGACGUAGGAAUUGAAAGGAUUUCCAUACAUAUAAAUUACACUCGCCGAAUCUCGGCCGGCGGAAAAAUUGACCUAGCUUUACUGCGGCUGAAUCAGGAUAUAACCUUCGGAAAUUAUGUUAGACCUAUCUGCCUUCCGGCAGCUAAUUUUGACAUUCAGCCCAAGCCUAAUCGGACAAUGUUCGUUGCCGGUUGGGGACUCACCGAGGAAAGCGUUAAGAGUUCGAGAAAACUAUAUGCAGAUUUGAAAAGUGUAGAUCUGGAUGAAUGUCGACGGCUUCUUAAUGCUCCACUGAUUAAAAUUGAUGACACCAUUAUCUGUGCCUUGGGAUCAGACGGUAAAGAUUCCUGCCAGGGAGACUCCGGUGGUCCACUAAUGGAAGCUUCGAAAACAGAGCUCGGUGUUUUUUUGAGAGGAAUCAUCAGCAAGGGUUUAUCGUGCGGUAGUCCCAUACCAGGCUUCUAUACUAACGUGCGCAAGCAGUUGGAUUGGAUUGUGUCCAAUAUGGAACAGUGAUUCAUCAAACUAUAUUCAAUGUGAGAAUUGAUUUCUUUGAAAAAAAUUGUUCGUAACAAUCACUGCACUCUUAGAAUAAUAUUAAUGGUAUCUCAAUAAAUCCUAAUUGUAGGCGUGAACACGA